AUGUCACAGCAUAAGGGAUUAUCUACACCACAAAAUAAGUUUCUUGAAACUAUAGCUGCACGUUCAGAUGCAAUACAUGCAAACUUUGUACUUGGCAAUGCACAACGAAAGUAUUACCCGAUUGUUUAUUGUUCAGAUGGAUUUCUACUGUUGACACACUAUUCAAGAUCUAAUGUUAUGUCAAGGAGUAGUGUAUGUCAAUUUCUAUGGGGUCCAGAGACUACACCAACAGUUCGCAUGGAAAUUAAUCAAGCCUUUCACAAUCAUUAUGAAUACAGAAAUCGAAUUGUAUUUUACACGCGUAUCGGUGAACCAUUCGCCUGUGAUUUUGCAGUUACACCGAUUAGGAACGAAAAAUCUCAAGUUGUUCUAUUCCUGUGUUGUUAUCAAGAAAUACGAGGGGAUUUAUUACCUCCUCCAAUACAUCAAUCUGCCUCCUGUUUCAAACUUAAUCAUUCAAAACUAUAUUCUGUUCUAUCAUGGGCAUCUGAACUACCAUUCUCUCGAAGUUACUUGCAAAUGAAAACGGAAGGUUUUGAUAAUGAUGGAAAGUGUCGAAAGCGUUCUCGCUCCAAGGCUGAUAUCAGUACUGUUCGAACUUCAAUUUAUUGUGCAGACAGAAGUUUUCAGUGUCACGAAUCCACUUCUACAGCAUAUGCCUCAAAACCAGCAGACAAAACUUACUUGAAUAUUCCAGGAAGUUUUCAUCGGACUAUAUCCUCUUCACUUUACGGCAGCCAAAACCUAAUAAAAGAAUCACGAAUUAGUGUAAAUAGAGACUCUUUAGACAUGUCUGAAGAACUUCAAAUCGCAGGUAAAGCACAUUAUCCUACAGAAUACUAUCUGCCAUCAAACUGCCAGACAACUUUUUCACUAGAUACUUUAUCCAAUUCCACACGUAUUACAUCAUUUCGACAAGUUCCUGUCACAUAUGAUUCAUGUAUCUAUAGGAAUUCAAGUAUUCUCUCCCUACCUCAGAUCAAAAUACAACUGAAAAAGUUUAGUCAAAGAAAGCACAAAAUGAAACCUCCGUAUGGAAGUAAGAAUCGAGUAGUUAACACGACAACGUCUGCUUACAUGCCAUCCAAUCAGACAAGCUCUUCAUCUGCUAACUCUUGGAAUAUAAACACCACUUUGGAUUUUAAUCAUGUUUCAAAUGAUCCCAAAGAAGUAAAUACAAAAUCAGAUGAAACUAAUAACAAAAUGGUUUUUGUUAAAAACCGUGACGUUGCGCUUUCCUCAAGUAACAACAAUCAACUUAAUAUUCAUCUCCUGGGUAAAGAAGAAACAAAACCUAUCGGUAUAUACCAGUGUCAACAAAGUAAGCUGAAUUAUGCAAAUCCGUUGAAAAGUGCCUUCAAAAUAUAUCCGGAUGAGGAAAGAGGUCAGCCGACUGAUAAUACAAGUCGUCAAAAAGACAGUAGAUGUUUUAAUUGUUUUGAAUUCAUUUCAAAACACCUAACAGAUAAUCGAUCGAACAGAGAUGAAAAUACUUCACUUGAAGCAAAUGGGCCUGAUCCUCAGAAAUAUUCAUAUAAACGCAGAAAAUCACUUGCUUUUAUACAUGGAUUAAUAUCUGGUGGGAGAAAAAUUCGAGAUGGUAACUCAGCUAAGCUGAAUAGACAAAUUAAAAAUUUCAGUGGAAAAAAUGUUCCAGAAUAUAAAAUACAAAAACUUACAAAAUCUAAUUUUGUUCUACUACAUUAUGGAUUUUUUCGAAUUGUCUGGGAUUGGUUAUUAUUGUUACUAACAUUUUACAUUGCAUUCAUUGUACCUUAUAAUGUAACCUUUGAAAGUCAUUCAACACAUUCAAGCCGAUGUAGGAUUAUUGAUUUGAUUGUUGAAAUCUUCCUAAUCAUUGAUGUGAUAUUAAAUUUUCAUACAACUUAUGUCAAUAAAAGUGGUCAAAUUAUUAAUGAUCGUCAUUUAAUUGCAAAACACUAUGCUAAAGGCUGGUUAAUUUUAGAUUUGUUAGCUGCUCUACCUGUUGAUUUCAUAUUGAUUUUUAUUCAACUUACAUCAAUUACCAACUUGGAGGACGUGUAUAUAAAUUCGAGUACAAUGGAAACAUAUAACAAUACUGAUAAAACAAAUCAGACACAAUUAUUUACCUUAUUUUUCAAGGAACAAGAACAUCACGAUUCGAAGCCAGUAGUGAAAUUUAACUUGAUAUCUUUAUUACAAAUGAUGAAACUUGCAAGAUUAUCUCAAUAUAGCGUAAUUGUAUUAGGACUUCUCAUGUUCAGCUUUGCAUUGGUUGCACAUUGGUGUGCUUGUAUCUGGUAUGUUAUUGGUGUGUACGAAGUUGAUGGCUCACAUAUCGGUUGGCUAGAAGACUUAGCGCGGCGACUUAAAUCUCCAUUCGAUGUGAACAAAUCUGGUGGACCUUCAGAAGGAUCAAAAUAUUUUACUGCAUUAUACUUUACAUGCAGCAGUCUUACUUCUGUUGGCUUCGGUAAUGUUUCAGCAAAUACAACGAAUGAGAAGAUUUUUGCAAUUUGUAUCAUGCUUCUUGGGGCUUUAAUGCAUGCAGCAGUGUUUGGCAAUGUGACAGCGAUUAUUCAACGCAUUUAUGCACGUCGCACAACUUUCCAAUCAAAGGUUCAAGAUUUGAAAGAAUUUAUUGAAGUUCACAGAAUACCAAAAACACUAAAAAAUAGGAUGGAAGAUUUUUUUCAAACAACUUGGGCUAUCAACCGUGGAAUCGAUGUGCCAGACGUUUUAAAAAUUUAUCCAGAAGAACUACAAGGUGACAUCUACUUACACUUAAAUCGUGAAGUACUUGGCUUAAAAGUGUUUGAAAAGGCUAAUCGUGACUGCCUGAAAUGUUUAGCUAUUAAUUUCAAGCUGACAUUUUGUACACCCGGAGAAUAUCUAAUACACACUGGAGAUAUAUUACGUCGUUUAUACUUUGUCUCGAAUGGAUCACUUGAAGUUUUAGAAAAAGAUGAAGUAGUUGCACUACUUGGUAAAAAUGAUUGGUUUGGUGCAUUCAUAGAUUCAGAUACUACAGUGAAUAACACUAGUAGUAUGUCAACAGCAUCAUUUCCAAUUAUACGAUCAAGAUGUGACGUUAAAUCUCUGACAUACUGUGAUCUACAUUACAUUGAUUUGAUUACACUAAGUGAAAUAUUAAACCAGCAUCCACGUUUUAAAUCAGAAUUGAAAAGUUAUUUAUACGAGGAUUUAUCAUUCAACAUACAAGAGGGAGCAGAAAACUGUUGCUCACAUGAUGUCGUAACGGUUCCGGCUAUCACACUACAACUGGCUAAUGAUGAUAAAGAUUGGGAUAAAGAAGAAACCAAACCAAGCGUAAUCGAAGACGUGGAAAGUUUAAAACCACCACCAUUUGUUUUUGAUAAUAAAGGUCGAAGUUGUAGUUUAACAUCAUACGAUGUAGAAUCUGGAUUGUUAGCACAUAAUUCACGGAAUCGGUCGAAUUCUGAAAUAACAACUAUACAAAAGAAAGAACAGUCUUCAGAUAAAAUUUCACCUAAACGCAAGUUUUUCAUUCCGAAAUCAGCUAAAUCUUCAGGUUGUUCAAGUAACAUGGAUUUGUCCCAAAAGUCAGUAGAUAAUAAACCCGCAUCUUUAUGCACCAAAGUUGUUCAACCGACAAUAACGCAAAAUGAUAAUUUGAGCAACUCACCAUUUCUAAAUGAUACAAAAACUGUCAAACCUGAACAAAAUCGUCGACAUACAGUGCCAACAGUUCAAACACAAAAUUCACCGCUCAAGUCAACAAGUUAUGGUGGUGUUAACAAACAUCAUGAAAAUCAUUGUAACUCUGACUACAAUACAGAUGACACAUGGUUCUACUCAAAUCACUCAAGUAGUAGUCAUUCAAAUGAUGAAUUCUGUUUUCCAUACAUUAGAUCAACACAAUGUUUAUCAAAAAACUGUUGCAUUGAUAAUAAAAGUUUACUAUCUGGUCAGUGUCUUUCAAACCCAAAUUUUUCAAUUGGUGUACAUGAAAAGUCAAAUGUAAAUAUAUCGAAAUUUUUAGAAAAUGAAAUACCACAUUUUGUAUUUAAGAAACCUGUAUGUGAAACUGUACAGCGUCCUCAAGUAAAAUCGUGUAGUUACGAUAUGAACACAAUAUCAACAUCAAAUCUUUGCUUAUAUACAUCGAACACAUCACCCGUCAAUUCCAUAUGGUCAUGUACAAAUGAAUAUAAUCACAAUUCCAACUUCAAUCGAUUUUCAUCACCAAAUCGGGUAAAUUUACACGGCAGCAGUAUGCAUGAUAUGAAUAUAAUCAACGAACUACGUGGUCUAAACAAUCGUCUUGAAUAUAUUGAAUUACAAUUUGGAAAGUUGUUUAAAUUAUUAGAAUCAAAGCAAUUUUUGUGA